CUUAGACUGAACGGUAGACAUUUUUGUGGAGGUUCAAUUAUUCACGAAAAAUGGAUUUUAACUGCAGCUCAUUGCUUAUCUGGUUUCAAUGAUACUAAUAUUGAUGUUGUGGCUGGAACAAAUACUUUGGAUAAAGGUGGUGAAGUCUAUCACACGAAAAAAAUUAUGGGUCACCCCCAAUACAAUUCUUUAUUAAUUAGACACGACCUCGGACUUAUUGAGUUGGAAAAACCUAUCGAAUUCAAUGAUAAAAUAAAACCGGUUGGUCUUCCUGAAGAAGAUUUUGAUAAGCCUGGAGGUACUGCUGUUUUGUCUGGAUGGGGAACGACUUCGUAUCCAGGAAAAGCACCGAAUGAUUUGCAGCAUAUUAAUGUUAAUGUAAUUCCUCAGAAGGAUUGUUUAAGCACAAGUUUUCGUGUCACAAAUAAUAAUAUUUGCACGCUUAACAAAAAGGGGGAAGGAGCUUGUCAUGGAGAUUCUGGCGGUCCUUUGGUUGCUGACGAUGUUCAAAUUGGCAUCGUUUCCUGGGGAAAACCAUGUGCUAAGGGCCAACCAGAUGUUUUCACUCGUGUCUAUAGUUAUAUGGAUUGGAUAAAUGAACAUAUUAAACCCAAAGAAUCUGCAAAUGCUAUAAAAGAAUAA